CUUAUGUCCCAGUGGCAACUGUUGAUUUCAAUUUAAUAAACUUGUAUUGCUCACAUUCGAUUUGUUUAUAAUCAUAUCCAAAAGCUCAUACAACGUGGUAAUGACGCAUCAGUUAUUAAGAAAAUUCAGCACUAAAUAAGCAAGAAUUAAUAUUCCUCGCAUGUGAAAGCACAUAACUUCACGUAUAUCUUAAUCUUCUGCUGAUGCGAUUCAGUGGAGCAGCUACACGCAUCAUGGGCAGACGCCACUCUCCAUAUCUUUUCUUCUGCGCAUUUCUGCUGUGCUCUUCUUGCAUCGUGGCAUCCAGCAGGAAACUGCUGCUUGAUAAUGGCCUUGGCCUCACUCCACCUAUGGGGUGGAACAGUUGGAAUCACUUCCAUUGCCAGAUAAAUAAGACGAUUGUUAAAGAAACAGCUGAUGCUUUAGUCUCAACUGGGCUAGCACGACUUGGAUACGUCUAUGUCAACAUAGAUGAUUGCUGGGGUGAAUCUAAAAGAGACCAACAGGGAAAUCUUGUAGCCAACAAGACUACAUUUCCUUCUGGGAUUAAAGCUCUUGCAGAUUAUGUUCAUGGCAAGGGCCUCAAGCUAGGGAUCUAUGCUGAUGCAGGGCUCAGAACAUGUACUGGAAAAGUGGCAGGCUCUCUCGGACAUGAAGAGCAAGAUGCCAAUACAUUUGCUUCAUGGGGAGUUGACUACUUGAAGUAUGAUAAUUGUUAUAACAAUGAUGUGAAACCAACCAUAAGAUACAAAGCAAUGUCUGCUGCACUUAAGAAGACGGGGCGCCCCAUCUUUUUCUCCAUGUGUGAAUGGGGGGAUAUGCGUCCAGCACUUUGGGGAGCAGAUGUUGGGAAUAGCUGGAGAACUACUGAUGACAUUUCUGACUCAUGGGAGAGUAUGCUCAAGGUAGCUGACAUGAAUGAAGUGUAUGCUGCUUAUGCUAAACCUGGUGGUUGGAAUGACCCAGAUAUGCUAGAAGUGGGAAAUGGAGGAAUGAAGUAUAAUGAAUACGUGGUGCACUUUAGCAUAUGGGCUAUAUCUAAGGCACCCCUCCUUUUAGGAUGCGAUGUACGAUCGUUGAGCAACGAGACUAUGCAAAUUAUCAGCAACGAGGAGGUGAUAGCUAUUAAUCAAGAUUCUUUGGGUGUUCAAGCUCGAAAGGUUAGAAUGGAAGGACAACGUGAUAUCUGGGCUGGACCUCUAUCUGGGGAUAGAGUAGUAGUUCUAUUUGUAAACAGAAAGCCAUGGAAAUCUCCAAUGACUGCCCAUUGGGACGACAUUGGUAUCGAGCCAACUGAUCGAGCUGAAGUUAGAGAUGUAUGGGAGCACCGUACGCUUCCAGCCACCUUUGAAGAAAAAUUAACAGCAGAUGUGGAUCCUCGUGCCUGCAAGCUCUAUGUUCUAACCAUAAUCAAGUAGCAUUACCUGCAAGUAAUUGAUGUGGUAUCUUUGCUUUAGGUUCUAGUAAUUUAAACCCCAAGUCAUCACUAUCUGAAGCCAGCCAGCAUGUGAAGAUUGGCCUACAACAGAAAUACAAGGCCUUGAUUGUGAGCCAAAGUGAUCUUAGAAGAAAGACAAGGAUACCAAUCCAUUUAUAAAAUUACCCUGCAUCUAAUAAAAUUAAAAAUAAAUUCUACAAGUUUUGGGAUAAUUAUAUAUAGCAUGUAUACUGCUCAUCAAA